AUAGCCAAAAGUGUCCAUGGCUUACUGAGAGAAAAGCUUACGGACCAAGUUUUGACAGUGACACAGAAUCGCUGUAACAUGCCAGAAAACUGUGAAUGCCUCACGAGCACAAAGGCCAAUCAUCUUAUCUGGGAUAAACUAAAAUCAGACACGAGGUCUGCUGAUAUCAAGUUGCAGCGAGGACAAUCUAAUCUUGUCAAAGGGCUCGUCCCGGUAGUUUCUGUCAUUGAGAAACUUGUGAAGGCACGGGAUAAAAUCCCUAAAGAUGCCUUGGAUGUCCCAGAAUUAAUAAGAGCAGCCACAGACGCCAUUGUUCUGGUAGGUGCCGCUAACUUCGAAUUGAAUAUGCGGCGCAGGGACAACAUCAAGCCCGAGCUAAACGAAGACUACAAACAUUUGUGUUCCAGCUCGGUACCCUUCACAGAAUUCUGGUUUGGCAAUGAUACCGACUUUCUAAACAACUGAAAGAUCUCGCGGAAGCGAGCAAAGUUAGCAAAAAGCUAAACCCGAAAGCGGAAGGCCACAAAAACAAUGGAUACAGGGGAUACAAGCAAGCAAAGUCCAAAGGCUUUCGCUACAAGUAUUCCUCACGUGGUCAAAGUACUCAAGCCAUUAAAACUUUAAACUGGAAAAGGCCCAGCCCCCCAUACAACAAGAAGGACGAGGGGAGGAGGCCAAACAAGUAGGGCCAGAAACCACCUCU